AAAUCUAGACCAGAUCAGCCAGGUCUUUCUUCUCCAUAGUGAUUUUCUGCUUGUAUUUUAACAUUCGAAACAAACAACCUUGACUCAAAUCAGAUUUUUAUAUCAUAUCUAAUAUAUAUGAUAUUCAAUCCGUUGCUCUGUUUGAUUGUUUUUCCCUGCGCUUGUUUGACGAUCUUUCAAGCUUCCUGCUGAGAAAGGAGGGAGCGCCUGGUGAUACAGCAAAGCCCAGAUCCUGUAGAGCCCACGGAAAGGAAUGGUGUCCUUUCAGUUCCCAUUCAAGCAGGUCAUUUUGACAGGUUCGUGCUAAAGAACGUCCAGGAACAAUGAAUUUAUUGCCAACCAACCCUCACGGAAAUGGACUUCUGUAUGCUGGAUUCAACCAAGAUCACGGAUGCUUUGCAUGCGGGAUGGAAAAUGGCUUCAGGGUGUACAACACAGAUCCUCUCAAAGAAAAAGAAAAACAAGACAUGGCGGGGGAACGAAAGUUUCUUGAGGGUGGAGUCGGGCAUGUUGAGAUGCUCUUUCGAUGCAACUACCUUGCACUCGUUGGAGGAGGCAAGAAACCCAAGUAUCCACCUAAUAAAGUGAUGAUCUGGGAUGACCUGAAGAAAAAGACCGUGAUUGAGAUUGAGUUUUCUACAGAAGUCAAGGCUGUUAAGCUACGAAGAGACAGAAUUGUGGUGGUGUUGGAUUCAAUGAUCAAAGUCUUCACUUUCACACAUAACCCUCACCAGCUGCAUGUGUUUGAAACAUGCUACAACCCUAAAGGUCUGUGCGUCCUGUGUCCGAACAGCAACAACUCUUUGCUCGCAUUUCCCGGCACCCACUCUGGACACGUGCAGAUAGUAGACUUGGCCAACACAGAGAGGCCUCCAGUGGACAUCCCUGCCCACGAGGGAGCUCUAUGUUGCAUCGCCCUUAACCUCCAGGGCACUCGGAUAGCCACGGCUUCAGAAAAAGGGACUCUGAUCAGAAUAUUCGACACCUCUGCGGGUCACCUGAUUCAGGAGUUAAGACGAGGAUCGCAGACUGCCAACAUAUAUUGCAUUAACUUCAACCAGGAUGCAUCUCUCAUCUGUGUGUCGAGUGAUCAUGGGACUGUCCACAUAUUUGCUGCAGAAGAUCCCAAAAGGAACAAGCAGUCAAGCUUGGCCUCAGCCAGUUUCCUACCUAAGUAUUUCAGCUCCAAGUGGAGUUUCUCAAAGUUCCAGGUCCAAUCUGGCUCACCCUGCGUCUGUGCCUUUGGAACCGAGCCCAAUGCAGUCAUAGCCAUUUGUGCUGAUGGCAGCUAUUACAAGUUCCUAUUCAACCAAAAAGGGGAGUGUUCCAGGGAUGUAUAUGCCCAGUUCUUGGAAAUGACUGAUGAGAAGAUCUGAGCACAAGCCAUACUUGGAUUCAAUUGAUUUUCUUUUUUUCUUUGUCUUUAUUUUUUCCCCCUGACAAUUUGAACAAUGUCAGAGGAACAACUGCGUGUGGCGUUCCUGACUAAGUGACUCCCCGAUGCAGGAAGACUAAGAGAUCUGUAAUCUCACUAGCCAGUUUUUAAAGAACACAAAAGACACUCUUGACAACUGAAGAGGUGGAUGAAUAAACGGACUGCAGUCAUUCGGUGGAGUGAGAAGAGGGGAAACUAUUUUUUGAACGAAAACAGUUGCUUUUUAAAAGGUCUUCCAUACGAACUGCUCUUUUAUAAUCCUAAAGUCCACUUUAGAAAUUUGUCCACUAACUAACCUACUAUAGUGAGUGCCUCUGUCGUUACUGAAGAGGAAAGGUCGAGCGUACGCUUAUUCAUCGGUCACACUAAUGUAUGUGCAUAACAUUGGUAGCCUUAGAUUUUGUUUUACACGGUGUAUAACGAAAGAAAAAAAAAACAAUGCUCGGCAUAUGUAACUGCAACAAUAUUCUACAGAACAACAAUUACAUUGUAGAUAUGGUUUAUUUUUUAUUUUCGUUCGUUGUUGAUUACAUGUAUGUGCACUUUUCCUUCAUUUUUAUCACGUGUUGAGAAUGAAUCCUUCAGAACAAAUGUAGUAUUUGCUCAGUGCAUUUUAAUUAUACGUGCAUUUAAUAGCCAUGUGCGUUUCACAAAUGGAUUACAGAUCACAGACACAGAGAACCAUCCUAUUAAAGCAGAAAUUGAUCCUUGUACUAUAAAACAUCAAAAAUGAUAAUUUGGGUUGUUAUUAUUCUAUCAUCGUUAAAUUGGGUGUAGGGCAGCUGGGAAAGCGGAGAGAUGAGAGAAUGGGAUUCAUUUCAAUCUUUUUGUUUUUUCCCAACCCUACUAAUGUUUGAGCGAAACUCUACCAAAGUGCCCAACGGUAACACCUAUAUGCUUGAACUGUGUUCAUUUAAUCGCAUUUCUUUUUUCUGAUUUUCCAACUCCGUUGCAUACGAGCUUAUUUGCGUUUGUCGUGAUUGUAAACGUAAAAGUGAUUACACUUUAUUUUGCAGCGUUAAACAUGCUGCGAUGUAAUGUAACGCCAUGACUGAGUUACACAGGGAUACACAGCUCACGGUGUAUCAUGUAACACAUUAAACACGAUUGUAAAAUCGA